GCAGCACCAUGCAGCCCCCGCCGAGGAAGGUGAAAGUUACACAAGAGCUAAAAAACAUUCAGGUUGAGCAGAUGACAAAACUUCAGGCCAAGCAUCAGGCAGAAUGUGAGCUACUUGAAGAUAUCAGAGCAUUCAGUCAGAAAAGAGCUGCAAUUGAGAAAGAAUAUGCACAGAGCAUUCAGAAGCUGGCUAGCCAAUACUUAAAGAAGGACUGGCUUGGAAUAAAAGCUGAUGAACGGAGUGAUUAUAGGAGCAUGUACUCUGUUUGGAAAUCCCUUUUAGAAGGCACGAUGCAAGUGGCCCAAUCCCGACUCAAUAUCUGUGAGAACUAUAAAAACUUAAUUUCUGAACCAGCCAGGACUGUACGGUGCUUUAAGGAACAGCAGUUAAAGAAGUGCGUGGACCAGUUGACAAGGAUCCAAGCUGAAUUACAAGAGACAGUAAAAGAUUUAGCUAAAGGCAAAAAGAAAUAUUUUGAGACUGAACAGAUGGCUCAAGCAGUGCGGGAGAAAGCUGAUAUUGAGGCCAAGUCCAAACUUAGUCUUUUUCAGUCAAGAAUAAGCUUGCAGAAGGCAAGUGUAAAGUUAAAAGCACGACGAUCCGAGUGUAAUUCCAAGGCUAUCCAUGCAAGGAAUGAUUAUCUUCUCACUUUAGCAGCUGCUAAUGCACACCAAGAUCGCUAUUAUCAAACAGACUUAGUAAACAUUAUGAAGGCUCUUGAUGGAAAUGUAUAUGAUCACCUUAAAGAUUAUUUAAUGGCAUUCAGCAGGACUGAACUAGAGACAUGCCAGGCUGUACAAAACACAUUCCAGUUCUUACUGGAGACUUCCAGCAGGGUGGUGCGGGAUUACAAUCUACAGCUGUUUUUACAGGAGAACCCUGUGUUUCACAAACCGCAGCCUUUCCAGUUCCAACCAAGUGACAGUGACACUAGUCGACAACUGGAAUCGGAAACUGGAACGACUGAAGAGCACAGUCUCAACAAGGAGGCUCGGAAAUGGGCUACCCGGGUAGCCCGUGAGCACAAAAACAUCAUCCACAGUCAACGGACACUUGAAGAGCUAGAAUGCCACGGGCCCGUGAUGUCUGAGCAAACCCGAGCAGAACUGGAGCAGAAAAUAGAUGAAGCAAGAGAGAGUAUUCGCAAGGCUGAGAUAAUUAAGCUGAAAGCAGAAGCCCGUCUCGAUCUGCUGAAGCAGAUCGGUGUGUCCGUGGAUACGUGGCUAAAAAGCGCAAUGAACCAAGUGAUGGAAGAACUGGAAAACGAACGCUGGGCCAGCCUGCCUUCAGUGACCAACAACGGCUCUUCACACCUGAUUAAUGCUGACGCAGAAAAGGAAGAAGGUGAAGAGUUUGAAGACAGCAUGGAUGUUUUUGAUGAUAGUAGUUCUAGUCCUUCUGGUACUCUAAGAAAUUAUCCUCUCACCUGCAAAGUUGUUUAUUCAUACAAGGCUUCUCAGCCAGAUGAGUUGACCAUAGAGGAACAUGAGGUAUUGGAGGUUAUCGAAGACGGAGAUAUGGAAGACUGGGUAAAGGCACGGAAUAAAGCGGGUCAAGUGGGUUAUGUGCCAGAGAAGUACCUGCAGUUCCCGACAUCCAGCAGCCUGCUGAGUAUGCUGCAGUCCCUCGCGGCGCUGGACAGUCGAUCACACACCUCAAAUAACUCCACUGAGGCUGACUUAGUCUCAGGCAGCCUGAAUGGAGACUCCAGUGUCUGUUUUGUAAAAGCACUUUAUGAUUACGAGGGCCAGACAGAUGAUGAGCUGUCCUUCCCGGAAGGGGCGAUCAUCCGCAUCUUGAACAAGGAAAAUCAAGAUGAUGAUGGCUUUUGGGAAGGAGAAUUCAACGGGCAUGUUGGGGUGUUCCCAUCAGUAUUAGUUGAAGAGCUUACGGCCUCAGAAAAUGGAGAGACUCAGUGGAUUGGAGAUAUUCAGGUAUCCCCAACGCCGAAGCCUAAUCACGCCCUGCCACCGCUGCCACUGUAUGACCAGCCUCCCACUAGUCCCUACCACAGUCCAGAUAAAAGAGGUUCUCAGUACUUCCCCAGAUCACCGUCAACUAAUGAAAACAACUUCAGUUCAGAGUCCCCUGGAUUCUCGCAGCCUCCGCGAAUUCCUCCCGAAACUUCGUAUGGCAAACUGCGACCUGUGCGAGCAGCUCCACCGCCCCCCACACAGCAUCAUCGCCGGACAACAGAGAAGAUAGAGGACGUGGAAAUUACUCUGGUGUAAUGGUUGGACUAGUUAAGUAGUAGUGCUACAAUCAAGACCAAACACGGUAUUUGGUCAAUCUCGUUUUUAGGCACCUUUGCAUGAUGAAGACUUUUAAUAGAGCAAGAGAUAGGGAGGAUUUUGUGUGGCAGUGACAUGGUGGAUUCCUUCCCACACUCAUGAAUAUUUCGUGCCUUUUUUUUUUGUUUGUUUUGAUUUCUAUCCAUCAUUCUUCCUCUCUUAGCACAAAUCAAGACGGGCCAAACAGCGAGCAGAGGAUUGCCUUGGAGCAGGUUUCUCUCUUGGCUGAAGAUGGUCAAUUUUUAUACGGAGGCUGAGGAAAGAGCCUCGUUCAUGCAACUUAGUCAUAGCAUACUUCGAUCACGUGCAUUAGUACAGUAUAUUACUGUUGCCAUAGGAAUGUGUUAAAGAUUGUCAAUUCUUCAAGUAGCAUUACUCGUCUGAUUAGGUAUUAAUCAGAUCUUGCGGAAUGAAAAAGGGAACUGAAAAAUAAGUAUAAGGAGAGGCUGGCUCCUCUUUAAUCCCCUUGCAGAAAGGAAGAAACAAGAAAAUAAUCUUACAGAUAAGGAAAACGGAUGCGGAUCAUAUGGCGUUAAUUACAUUAAUGCACACCUCUUCAAUAAUUAACAGUUAAACAGAACUAAAUGUUCUUUGUAUUAAUAUUUAUGCAGUACAUUUAGUAAUAGAGUAUCUAAUAUGGAGGUGCUGAAUUAGUAGCAACAUCUUGUUCCAUAGCAUAAACCAACUGGUAGAAAAGUAAGUGAGAUUUUGUCUAGAUCUGGAAAUUGAGCUUCAUCUUUUUUCUUAGCAGAUUUUGGGGGUUUUGGAUUUUUUUUUUUUUUUUU